CGGGACUUGGGCGUGAACGCGUGUCGCGCACGGCAACGCACGGCAACGGCAACAACAAGCAGCAGGCCGAGUCGCCGAGUCGAGUCGGGGUUGAACCGCCGCACUGCGAGUGCCACCCCCGCUAGUCCCGGUGGUCCCUCCGCGUCGUCGAGCGGCGCGCGGCGUGAGCGAGCACCGAGGUGGCCGUUGUCGUCGUGAGGCUCGUCUGGCUCGCGACUCGACAUGGCCAACGCGGCGUCCCAACGCGGCACCCCCAACAACACCGUGUACAGUCCCCUGACCACAGCCAUGGAGGACGUGAACAACAAGACCGCCGCGGCCGCCCUGGGCGCCAACGCCUCGGGGGGCGUGGAGGGCGGUAGGAAGCUGUUCCAGUACCUCGGCGCCAUGGCGGCGUGCCUGUUCGCGGUGUGCAUGGGCACCACCAUGGGCUGGACCUCUGCGGCGGAGCGCAUCGUGUGCGCGGCCAUCAACUGCACGGAGGGCGACCAGGCCCUGUACAUCAGCAAGGGCGACUACUCGUGGGUGGGCGCCGCCAUGCCGCUGGGCGCCACCAUCGCCGCCCUGCCCGCCGGCCCCGCCAUCACGCGCUGGGGCCGCAAGAACAUGCUGCUGUUCCUCAGCCCCGUCACCUUCCUCUUCUGGCUGCUCAUCAUCUUCGCCCGGGCGUCCUGGAUGAUGAUUCUGGCGCGCUUCGUGAUCGGCGCCUCCAUCGGCACCAUCUCCAUGAUCGCGCCACUGUACACCAGCGAGAUCGCCCACCCGUCCGUGCGCGGCACCCUGGGCGGCUUCUUCCAGUUCCUGCACACGUGCGGCGUGCUGGGGGCCUACUGCCUCGGCGCGGUGAUCGCGGACCUGGUGUGGAUCAGCACCAUCUGCGCGUGCGUGCCGCUGCUGGCCGGCGUCUGCUUCUUCUUCUUCCCCGAGACGCCGUCCUGGCUGCUGCAGCAGAACCGCGAGGACGACGCGCGCCGCUCGCUCAUCCGCUUCCGCGGCGACGACUACCCGGAGGCCCUGCUGCAGGAGGAGCUGGACAGCAUCAAGAGGUCCAUCAAGGAGUCCCGCGAGAACCAGAAGACCCUGAGGGAGGCGUUCUCGACCAAGGCGGCCAAGCGCGGCCUGAUGCUGUCCAUGGUGCUGAUGCUGAUCCAGCAGAUGAGCGGUGUGAGCGCCGUGGUGUUCUACGCCAGCUCCAUCUUCGAGGCGGCCGGCUCGUCGCUCAGCAAGGACCAGUCCAGCAUCGUGGUGGGCGUGUGCCUGGCGGGCGCCACGCUGUGCUCGCUCUUCCUCGUCGACAGGCUGGGCAGGCGCGUGCUGCUGCUGGGCUCCGGGGCCGCCUGCUUCGUCUGCAACGUCGUGCUGGGCAUCUACCUGCUGCUGCUGGCCCAGGCGAAGGAUGACGGCCACCCCGAGUCCAUGACGCCCUACGGCAUCAUCCCCGUGCUCACCAUGAGCGUCUUCAUGGUGACCUUCUCGCUGGGCUACGGCCCCAUCCCGUGGUCCUACAUGGCCGAGGUGUUCCCCGUGGACAUCCGCAGCCCCGCCAUGUCCAUCGCCACGGUCACCAACUGGAGCUUGGCGUUCCUGGUGACGGUGGCGUACGAGCCGCUGUCCAACGCGGUGCACGACUACACCACGUUCUGGAUCUUCGCCGUCAUCGUGCUGGCCGGCUCCGUGGUGGUGGCGCUGUUCCUGGUGGAGACCAAGGGCAAGUCGGAGCAGGAGAUCCAGGAGGCGCUGAGCGGGGCGCGGCCCGGCAGCGCGCGCAACAACGUCUAGCGCGCCCAGCAGAGUGAUCUCUCUCUAGCAUCCUGACGGAGUGCCCCAUGAGUGCGAGAGAGAGAGAGUUCUCACUCGGAAUUAGUCUGCUGCGACACGACGUCCAGCGCGUCCAGCGACACCACGGUGUCCAGCGACGCGUGACAACGACAAGGGCCUCGUGGAGCUGGAGCGAGCUGGAGACUGGAGCGGUCUGGCCGAGUGCACUCGGCGGUGGGAGAGCCGAUCGUCAGAUUGACAGCCAGGACUAGAGCCGCCUACAGCCCGGCAAGGUAGGCCACCGCCUCCACGCCGGUGUGUUGCAGCCUUGCAGGCUGGUUGUUUGCCUACCUGGCAGGCGCUACACUGCCGGCGAGCGGUGCACGAGGCUGGGAGUGCAUCCCGUCCCCUGCCGCUAGACUUGAACGCGCAACGCGCGAAGAACAGCCGUCGCUCCUCUCUGGCGUGCUUGCCUCAAACUUGGGGCUAGAAACGGCAAAGAGGAAAAAGGAGCGCGGUGGCCGCGUCGGUUUCGAUUCGCACAGCUCGGCCUGUGGCUGCCGCUCCAGACUGGUUCCCAGGGUUUUUUUCGUCGCUCUGCCUCUCUCGCACCAUGAGUGCUAGAGAGACAGAGCGAUGAAAACGAAUCUCGGAAUUAGUGUGCUGCUGCCCCCGGCCUGCAGCCCAGACAGACACUGAGAGGAUCUUGAACGGGCAGAGGGCCAACAACAGUGCCCUCCGGACAAGUACUGGAACGGCUAAGUGAACACUGAACGCUGGCCCGACGAGAGUCGGAAGGAAGGAACCCGAACUGGGAAUUGAGGCAGGCAGCGCGGCAAGUGCGCCUGCACCGCCUGCACUGUGAAAAUGAACCCUCAACCAGGGCCCCCCUCUCCUAGUGCUGCUCCUGGUGGCCCGGAGACCCCGCCCCCAGCGAGGGCUGUCACUGCCUGCAACAUCCUUCCCCUCGUGCCCUACAAGCCUCCCUUUAGAAACCUGUAUUUAUCUUACUUACCUGUGAAUGUGUGUAUGUGAUCAUGUGUAAAUAUAUGUAUUUUAUUUAAGAUGACUCCAUCUGUUGUAAGAAGCAAGCAAAUGGACACAUUAAAUAUUUUUCACUUUUGAAAAGAAA